AUGAGGCAGUGUCUUCUUUGGUUCAGCUUGUGGUCGUCGCUGGGCGCUAACAUAAUUUGCACUGUUCCGGAGCUGGUGCAGGAGCUGCAACUACAGGAACAUUUUGACUAUGUGCUGCUCGUUGGAAGCUCUAACUCCGAAUGGCCACAAUUGGUGUGGAAGCUGCCCUUGUCCACUGUUCAGAUUAAAGAUAAUUGGAAUAUCAGCUAUCAUCUAGAUAGAUAUCACUCCAGUCACUUGCUUAGCAUUGCAUUCGUUGAUGAGCAUGAUGCACAUGCACUUCUUGAGUUCCUGACUUUGAAUUUGAGACUAUGGAAUACGCAACCCUUACUACUGGUCUUCAAAAAAACCGAGCAAGUGCAAGGGCUCUUGAAAUUGUGCUGGCAACAGCUACAGUUGCUGCAUGUUUUUGCGAUUCUCGAAGACUUUGAGGAUACCGGACUCAUGUACAGCUAUUCACCUUUUCCAAAAUUUCAAUUUAAAAAGCGGCUGAUCAGAAACAAAACGAAUCCAAUUAUAAUACCACGCCUGCGAAAUCUCCGCGGCUAUAAACUUCCAGUUAUUGUCGGCGGAUCAACUCCACGUCUUAUAGUUUAUCGUCGUCCAACUGGGGAGCUAGUCUACAACGGCUAUGUGGGCCAUUUGAUGCACUGCUUCGAACAGAAAUACAACUGCAGCUUGAUUCAGCCGGUUCCGCUAACCGAGAACACAUUGGUGUCAGCACGACAGCUGAUUGGAGCAGUGCGAAACGGCAGCGUCCAGUUCGCCUUGGCGGCAACUUAUCCGGGUUUACCUCUCCAGGGCUAUACGUACCCCUUUGAGAUCCUUAACUGGUGUAUAAUGCUGCCCGUUCCAAAGCCAGUUCCGUCCAGCGAGCUCUACAGUCGUGUAUUGGAUCUACCCACCUUUCUGAUUGUACUCGGAUCAUUGGGACUGAUCUCAGCAAUAUUAUCAUUCAGCUUGAGGCUUUAUGGCUAUCGUGUGCAACAGUAUGAGUUUCUGCUGCACGAUAAUUGUCUGAGGGGAGCUUUGGGCCAGUCUUUCAAUGAGGUUCAACGGGCGCCUUUGCUGGUGCGUGGCAUUUAUUUGGAGAUCUGUGUAUUGGGAAUCUUGUUUACCGCCUGGUACAACUCGUAUUUCUCUGCGUAUGUCACCAGCGCCCCACAACAGAAGCCAUUCACGAGCUACGAUAGCUUAUUGAACUCGGAUCUGAAGGUGGUUGUCUGGAAUUCUGAGUAUCAAACGCUGCUCAGUUACGAUAGGCAAAUACGAAAGUAUGAGGCCAUAUUUAAGAUCGAGCCGGACUUUGAGAAAUAUCUAAAGAUGCGCGACUCGUUCAAUACCCACUAUGGCUAUGCGAUGCCGCUGGAGAAGUGGAACAUUAUAAAGCAACAGCAAAUGGUUUUUAGCUCAAUAUUGUUUACUAUGCGCGAGGAUCUCUGCUUUUAUCAAGGCAUUCCAAUUAUGUUUCCCAUUGCUGAAAACUCUGUUUUCAGGGAGCCACUAGAGCGGUUGAUAGGCGAGGUGACCGCCACUGGCCUCAUGGUUCAUUGGCGUGACAUGGCAUUUAGUGAAAUGAUUAAAGCUGGCAAAUUGCGUUUGGUCGAUCUGGGCAAGCCAAAGGAGUUCCGUGCCAUGCAGUUGAUGGACUUGAGCUACAUUCUAAUGGCUGGUGGAUUGAUGAUGACCCUGGCACUGGCCAUAUUUGGGCUGGAGCAACUAUGGUUUCACAAAAUGCGAUUAAGACGAUAUUUGCGUGAGGGCUUAAGAAUCGCACAACAAUUAUUUCAUUUAAAAUAA